GGUAGCUGCUCCACCGAGCCCCCACUGGAAUCAACUACUUUGAUGAAUACCGUUUAUGAUGACUAUGACUCGACGGCUGAUCUGGAAUCUGUGGAUUAUGAUGGGUUUGUGCAGUGGUGCCAAAAGUCUGAUGUUCGGUCUUUCCGCCAAUCCUUUCUGCCAGCCAUUUACACUGUCAUCACUGUGCUCGGCCUCCUGGGCAAUGGACUGGUUGUCGUCACCUACAUUUAUUUCAAGCGCUUGAGGACAAUGACUGACGUGUACCUCCUGAACCUUGCCCUGGCUGAUCUGCUGUUUCUCUUCACCUUACCUUUUUGGGCUGUCAGUGUGGUCAAGCAGUGGAUCUUUGGUCAAGUGAUGUGUAAAGCUGUCUAUGUGCUGUAUCGUGUCAGCUUCUUCAGUGGCAUGCUGCUACUCAUGUGUAUCAGCAUUGACAGGUACUUCUCCAUUGUCCGAGCUGCUUCAGCUCAUCGGCACCGCUCCAAGGCUGUGUACUACAGUAAGAUUGUCUCAGUUUGUGUUUGGCUAUUCUCGUUUCUUUUGUCCAUGCCUGAGCUGCUCUACAGUGACCAGAAGCAGAGUGAGAAUGGUCUGCUGUGCAAAAUGAACCUGGAUAACAGCACAAUUGUCCUCACAGCUGGCACACAGUUGGCUGUGGGGUUCUUUAUCCCUUUUGUAGUCAUGCUGUUCUGCUAUUGUGUAAUUAUUAAGACCUUACUAUUGGCCAGGAACUUUGAAAAGAACAAAGCCAUCAAAGUGAUCUUUGCUGUGGUUCUGGUCUUCCUGUUGUUUCAGUUACCCUACAACAGUGUGAUGCUAAUAGACACUAUCAAUGAUGUUAAUGCCACAGUCACCAAAUGUGAUGUGAGCAAGCGAAUGAACAUAGCUAUCGAUGUGACAAAGAGCCUGGCUUAUGUCAGAUGUUGCCUCAAUCCGUUCCUCUAUGCCUUCAUCGGAGUCAAGUUCCGCAAUGACCUGUUGAAACUGAUGAAGGAGAUGGGUUGCAUGAGCACUGAGAAGCUGAUUAAAUACACCAACUUCAAGGCCACUUUGACCAGUAAACGUGGCUCCAUCGCCACUGACACAGACAGCACAACGACCUUCUCCCCGUGAAACCCAGACUGUCUAAACCCACCAACAGUAUCUCCUUGAGAAACUCGCCUGGAGAGAAAUGCAAAACCAGACUUGGACGUUCCAAAACAAGAGAGAUUUUCACAAAUGUUAAUGUAUCAGCGAGAUGGCCCUAGAGAGAGCCUGAGCUCAGCCAUCUCUGUGAGAAGGACAUUAAUCUCUUCGAUGGGCUAUCCAGAAAACACUGCCACAACUACUGACCAGUUACUCAUUCUCGGUUUCAAACUGGUGGCUGCAAUCCUGAACAAUUGUUCAAUUUCCUGAUUCAUUGACUUCGGAUAUAACCUGCCUCACCAGCCUGACCCCUCACCCUGUCUCACCAGCCUGACCCCUCACCCUGCCUCGCCAGCCUGACCCCUCACCCUGCCUCACCAGCCUGACCCCUCACCCUGUCUCACCAGCCUGACCCCUCACCCUGCCUCGCCAGCCUGACCCCUCACCCUGCCUCGCCAGCCUGACCCCUCACCCUGCCUCACCAGCAGAAUGGCAGCAAUGUUUGACAGCAGGAUUUGUUAACUGCUAUAGUGACAUAAUCUCCCUGAUUCCGAGGGACAAUCACACUCAUUCUCACUGUGUUGACAAACACUGUACUUUCCAAAGUUCAGCUCUUGCUCCAACAAAAACAAACAUUCCUGAAACCCAUGCCCAAAGGGUAACCAUCACCCAGCUGGUGGAAUAAUAUGUCCUCAUCUCCGUGUUCCAGUCUUGGGACCCUGGUGUAUCCCAGUGACAGUCAGUGUGUGUGGGGCCGUUCCCCAGUGAGACUCAGUGUGUGUGGAACUGUACCCCAGUGACAGUCAGUGUGUGUGGGGCCGUACCCCAGUGACAGUCAGUGUGUGUGGGACCGUACCCCAGUGAG